UCAUCUACAGUUCUCAAUUUCGGUAGUCAUUGUUUUCUCCGUCCGAAAGCUGCUUCUUUCUUUCUAUUCUACGUUUAUAUGCAAGUGGCGAACUUGUUGCGUCUCGUCUCUUUAAGGCCUUGCCGUCCAUCUUUCUCCUUCGCUGCCACAGCAAUGGAUGGUGAUCUAGAUUCGUGUAGCUUGGUUUUGUGUGGGAAGUCCUCUGUUGAGAAUGAUACAGCAAAGCGUUUGAAGAAGGAGAACGUGCUUAAGCUCCCAGAUGAUACUACUAAAGUUUCACUCUUUUUAGAUUCCGAGAUGAAGAAUUUGGUUAGAGGUGAUGAUUCAUUCAAUCCUUCACUCUUCAUGAACUCGCUUUCAACUGCUCGGUUUGGUCGGUUUCUCAUUUGGUCUCCCCGCUUGUCUUCCACUCACGAUGUUGUUUCUCAUAACUUUUCUGAGCUUCCGGUUGGUUCAGUUUGUGUCUCAGAUAUUCAGUUUAAGGGUAGAGGCAGAACAAAGAAUGUGUGGGAAUCUCCAAAGGGUUGUCUUAUGUAUUCUUUUACGGUAGAAAUGGAAGAUGGUCGAAUCGUUCCUUUGAUUCAGUAUGUUGUAUCUCUUGCUGUAACUGAGGCUGUGAAACAUGUUUGUGACAACAAGGGUUUGCCGUAUAUAGACGUUAAAAUAAAGUGGCCCAAUGAUCUUUACUUGAAUGGCCUUAAAGUCGGAGGCAUUUUGUGUACCUCUACCUACAGAUCUAGUAUAUUUCACGUUAGUGUUGGUGUGGGAUUGAAUGUGGACAACGAUCAACCGACCACAUGCUUAAAUGCUGUACUAAAAGACAUAUCUCCUGCAUCAGUUCUACUUAAAAGAGAAGAAAUUAUAGCUGCCUUCUUUCAUAAAUUCGAAAAAUUCUUUGAUCUAUUUAUUGACCAAGGUUUUAAAUCUCUCGAGGAGCUUUACUACAGGACAUGGCUUCACAGCGGGCAAAGAGUGAUCGUUGAAGAUAAAAUCGAGGACCAAGUUGUUCACAACGUUGUGACUAUCCAGGGUUUGACAUCUUCGGGAUAUCUGCUGGCUAUUGGAGAUGAUUAUCAAAUGUAUGAGCUUCACCCUGAUGGCAAUAGUUUUGACUUUUUCAAAGGUCUAGUCCGAAGAAAAAUAUGAUCCUUUUUCUUCGGGGAAGGAGAUGUUAUAGCACCAUGGACACAACUAGUACUAGUCUCGGUUUUCGGCCAACGGAGAAAGUGUUUAUUUUAUAUAUACUAUAUAUUUGUAUCCAAAAUUGCAGAUUAUGUAUAUUCACUAUGAAAAUGUUUUUCUAAAAUAAGUAUUGGACCAAGUAGCAA